GAAACUCCAACCCACAGGAAGCUCGUUUCCAGCAAGCAAUGGCGUCUUUUCAAGCAGAGAUGCGAUACUUGCAAGAACAAGGGUUGGAUGUUAGUAAUCUCCAUGCAUCAGCCGCGGAGAUUGCUGCGGUGCAGGCAGAACAGGCCCAGAUGGCCCAAAUGGCUCAGGAGCAGCUGGCCCAAGCCCGUGCAGCACAUGUGCAGCAGGGGCAGCAGGCGCAGAUGGCUCAAAUGGCCCAAGCCCAGAUGGUGAUGGAGGCGCAGAUGGCAGCGCCUCAAGCGCAGACCGUGGAAGCGACUGGAGAGGCUGAGGGAACUUGAGAGGCACACGGCAACCCUUCGGCAAC